AUGAGCGCCGCGAGCGACGUGAUUCAUACGUAUCGCCGAGGCCUCCACCGCGACGGGCGUCUCCGCCGACACACCGUUCGUCGAGACGCUCGAGGACACGCCGCCGGAGCUCCCAGGACAGGCGCAGGAGAGGAGAACGCGACACAGGCCGCUUCGGCCCCAGGGCGCAUGUGCACCGCAUCCAGUCUCGCCUGUGGCCCAGCUCGGCCGAGGAGCGCUGGCUGUUUCGCGUGGCUGCCCAGCGGCUGCAAGACCCCGCAUCACUUCCACGCGAAGCUUCAGUGGCGGAGGGACGCGUGGGGCGAGGCGAACGCGCAGGCGGGGCAGAGCGAGAAGGCGUGCAAGGCCCGCAAGCAAGCGUUCGACGCGUGGUGCGGUGUGACGGACACCGUCAUGCUGCUGACAUCUCCUCGGGAGGUCCUCGUGGAGGAUGAAGGGGGACAGGGGGAGGCGCCAGAGGCGCCAGAGGCGGUGCCGCAGGCAGUUGCCGAGGCUGACGCGGCGGCCGAGGAGGCGCGGGCCGCGGACGUGGUCGACUCGCUGCCCGAGGCGGCGCCGGCCCUCCCCAGGAGCACGGGCUGCUUCGUGUGGCUGCCCAGUGGCUGCAAGGCCCCGCGCCACCUCCACGCGAUGUCUCACUGGCGGAGGGACGCGUGGGGCGAGGCGAACGCGAAGGCGUCGCAGGGCGAGGAGGCGUGCAAGGCCCGCAAGCACGCGUUCGACGCGUUCUGUGGUGUGACGGACGCCGUCAUGCUGCCCUUGCUGGCGGCCCCCCACGAGGCCUCCACCGCGACGGGCGUCUCCACCGACACACCGGUCGUCGAGAAGCUCAAGGACACGCCGCCGGAGCUCCCAGGACAGGCCCAGGAGGAGAACGCGACACAGGCCGCUUCGGCCCCAGGGCGCAUGUGCACCGCAUCCAGUCUCGCCUGUGGCCCAGCUCGACCGAGGAGCGCUGGCUGUUUCGUGUGGCUGCCCAGCGGCUGCAAGACCCCGCAUCACUUCCACGCGAAGUUUAAUUGGCGGAGGGACACGUGGGGCGAGGCGAACGCGCAGGCGGGGCAGAGCGAGAAGGCGUGCAAGGUUCGUAAGCAAGCGUUCGACGCGUGGUGCGGUGUGACGGACACCGUCAUGCUGCUGACAUCUCCUCGGGAGGUCCUCGUGGAGGAUGAAGGGGGACAUGGGGGAGGCGCCAGAGGCGCCAGAGGCGGUGCCGCAGGCAGUUGCCGAGGCUGA